CUUUUUUAAAUAUCUGUCUGCUUUUCCAUACAGGAGCGCUCAGUUCUGGAUAUAAUCUUUAGUGUGCAGCGCUGGAAGGACACUGAGCUAUGGGAUGACCCUUGUAUCAGAAUUGGCUGGAUUCAUGGCUUAAAGAGAAUGCUUCUGCACCCGAAGGCGCUUGCUUUCUUUGUGCAGUCAGGUUUCAUCACGCCACUCCUUCAGCUCCAAUCAGAUCCAAGCAUGUUUGUUGCUUCUGCCGCUAACCAGCUACUGGCCCACAUCCUCCUCGCAAUUCAGCCAGAAAACAAAGAGCAUGCAAAUAUCAAAACCAAUACAGAACACAGCCGUGUUGUCUUGCAAACGACUGACCAUAUAAAGGAGUCACUGGUACCCAAAGAAGGCACACUGGCAGCUGGUAGUCUGCAGGUUCUCAAGCUACUGGCGCUGAUCCUGGACCAGGCCCGGCGUCCUCUGCGGGACCAGCUGCUCAUGGCGCUUGCUGCCUCUCUGGAGGAGCUGGCAGAAGCGGCAUACAGUCAGAUGACACCGGCUCUAAUGGAUGUCAUUAUGGCUGGGUACAGGUAGACUGGACAAUUAAUCAAUUCAAAUCGACAUCGCAAUGUAAUAGAAUGAAAUGUUUAUAUUACAAAGGUUGC